AUGGCUCUUUUCUUUGUUGGUUAUUUAAUAUCUGUAACAAGUACAAUUGCAUUUAUUGUUGCUAUUCUAACAUCAAGAUGGAUUUAUCCAAAUAAUUUACCAGUUGAUAAUAAUCAUCCAACAUCAGCAAAUGAAACAAAUUAUCGAGGAAUAUUUUAUGUUGAUGAAGGUCAUCCUAAUCAAACUUGUCGGGAUUGGAUUUUAAUUUAUAAAGAUUCCGUAGCUACUUGUCGGCCAACGUAUGCUGUUGCAUGUGCAUCUCUAGCAAUAGUUGCUUCAUCAUUAUCAAUCAUUCUUCUUUGGUUAGCUGGUGGUUAUUUAUAUAUUCGUCGUCGACGUCUUGCUCCAACAUUUGUAACAAUAAUAGCCUUAUUAACAUUAUUAAUUUUCUGGAUAAGUGCAAUUAUAUGGGUUGUAAUGAUUACAAUGAAUCGAGAUAUAAAUUAUAAAAUUGGUCGUGAAAAUAUUGGUUUUUCAACAUGGAUUGCAGUUGGUGCAAGUGGUGGUUAUUUACUUGCUUUUUUAACAUUUAUAAUUUAUCGUAUUGGACUUAGUCGUCAAAGAAUACCAAAAGAAGCAAUGUUAAAUUCACGUCGAUUUUAA